GACAACCAGCCACAGGCAUUCCUGGGUGCACGUUCUCCCCUGCGUUGACGAUGCUGGCUACGUUUAGGCUAGCUGCUGUCUACCAACCAUCGCUUUGGAUCAACCUGCGAAGACGAGGGUGAAUGAAAGAGUGGAACGGAGCGAAUAGAACAAGGAGAAGCACGAGCUCUGGGGUGGCUCCCUGCCUUGGUUAUCAGUAGCUGCUCCUUAGCGGCUGGUCUCCAUCGAGCUGGUGGAAGCUUGGAGAACCAUGGCCUAUGACGGAAUGAUCGCAGCGCCCUCGCUUGAAUCUUCAAGCCUGGGCUUUGGCCAUGUGCCUCCUGCAUCUUCCUCGACCUCCGCACGAUCACUUGCAACCUCAAUCCCCGCCUUAACCGCCAGCUUUUCCGUCGUGUCCGGCUUCUCUUCCCAUCUUCCGCCCCCGCCAUUACCCCCUCCAGCACCCUCAACCAUGGUGGGGUGGAUCGGCUGGAUAUUCACCUUCGUUUUCCAGGUCAUACCAAGCGUUCUCUACUGGAUUAUCACCUUUUCGACCAUCACCUUGCCCACAUGGCUGUUCACGCUCUUUUCUAUGAGUCUGACAUUCACCAUGAAUUUCACGACCCUACUCCUGAUCGCGCUGGCCGUGGUCUCGACCAUCAGUUGGUUCAUCCGUUACCGUUUCCUGAACAUGUACAGUCGCCUGCCCCCGGAGCCCCAGCGCAAGGAACCCCAGCUCGACCUCUUUCCCGAUGUACCAGAGGGCGACACGAAACCGGGCCUGGCCAAUUACCUCGAUGAAUUCCUAAGCGCCAUCAAGGUCUUUGGCUACCUAGAAAGACCCGUGUUUCACGAGUUGACUCGCACGAUGCAAACGAGGAAGUUGAUUGCAGGCGAGACACUCUUACUGGAGGAAGAGAAGGGCUUUUGCUUGGUUGUUGAUGGUUUGGUCCAGAUCUUUGUCAAAUCCAUGCGGGACAGGAAGUCGGACACAGAGGAAGAGAUUAAUCGCAUGGCAGGCGAGUCUUCUGACGAAGACGAUCAUCGGAUGGAUGGGAGGCAAGGAUAUCAGCUACUUACCGAAGUCAAGAACGGAGCCUCGAUGUCGUCCCUGUUCUCCAUCCUAUCGCUGUUUACCGAGGAUAUUCAAUUGCGAUAUGCAGACAGCUCAGCUUCCAGUACUUCCAGCAUAGGCCCCGGUCCCGCCCGUGCGCCCGACUCAUUUCCGGCCAGUCCUGGGGGUAUGGCGGACUCCCCGCAUACCCUCCCAAGGGAUCAUGUUGACCCGAUCUCCCACAUAGGCAGCGGUGCUGAUGAUCUGCCAACUGUGCCUCCGUUGCAUCUGGGGGAAAGUCGCGUCCCACCCGUCCACUCUUCUCGAUCUGAAACCAGAAAACAUCCAAGCAAGACGCGCCGGAAAUCAGUGCACCCAGACAUCGUUGCGCGAGCAAUGGUAGACACGACCAUCGCUAUUAUCCCCGCCAGCGCAUUUCGCCGCUUGACUAGAGUGUACCCGAAAGCGACCGCUCAUAUUGUCCAGGUCAUUCUUACGCGUUUACAAAGGGUCACCUUUGCCACGGCGCAUUCUUACCUGGGUCUCAACAAUGAGGUGCUGGGGAUAGAGAAACAGAUGACAAAGUUCACAACCUACGACUUGCCAAAUGAUCUGCGUGGGGCAGCUCUAGACCGGCUCAAGGACAAGUUCAUCAAAGAGCGGGACCGUUUGGGUCAAGAGGAAGUUACCAAAGGGAUCGCACUACAUAAUCCAUAUGCCGGGAGAAGACCCAGAUCGAGCAGCUUCCGAAGGAAAGAAGCUGUUCUUCAGGCAAGGAUGGCAACCUCCAAACGCCCAGUCUCUAUGGUUGCUCAUGAUAAUGCCCUGAGUGACCGGGAGAACUCUGGAGUGAGCCCGGGCGAUCUCCUAUCCACAAUCCAGCUCUCGCGGUUCGGUCCCAGGUACGAGCACCUUGCCCCCAGAUUGUUGAGCCCUCUCACGGAGAAAGAGCAUUCUCCUCUACGGUCCCCAUCUCCAAUGCUUCCUGGACGCGGGUCUCCUUUCCACCGAAAGGAAUCCAUUGAUGAGGAUGCGCUCUUUCGUGAAUCGAUACUGGAAUGCAUCAUGAAAGGCAUAGGCUUGACCGGGAGCACCAAUGAUUUCCUUCGCAAGAGUAGUCAUGCCUCUGGCGACGCUUCCCCGAAGCUUCUCUCUUAUGAUUCUCGCCGGCAGAAAGCCGUGUUUGGCAAUAAUGCAUUUGGGUUUAUUGACCCCUACGAAGGUUCUGCGGAUGGUGAGAGCGAGUCCAUGAUGUCCAUGUCUGUUACCAGUGCCGGUGGUACUUCCCCUGUUGUCAGUUUGCGGGAAGAGCUUCGAAACGAUAUUGAGAUUGUUUACUUCCCUCAGGGCUCGGUUCUGGUCGAGCAGGGCGAGCGCCACCCGGGUUUGUACUAUGUUGUUGACGGCUUCCUGGACGUCGGUAUUCCCGUGAACGACAAAGAAGAAGACCUUGUGGGGUCCUCUAGACCAGCGCAGGAGGAGCUUUUCCCAAUGCUGCGGCGUACCAAUACGAGUUCCUCUCGCGCCUCAGGUUCGGCAGCCGCCGCAAACGAUCCUCGGCGGAAGAAACAACCACGAAAGUCUCUUUAUCUUAUCAAACCUGGGGGGAUCCAAGGCUACGUGGGCGCUGUCGCAUCUUAUCGCUCGUAUACUGACGUCGUGGCGAAGACGGAUGUAUACGUGGGAUUCCUUCCACGGGCGUCUCUGGAAAGAAUCGCGGAGCGGUACCCCCUUGCCCUUCUGACGCUGGCAAAGCGACUCACCAGCGUGCUCCCACGUCUACUUCUCCAUAUUGACUUUGCCCUUGAAUGGGUGCAAGUGAGUGCUGGCCAGGUGAUCUACCACCAAGGCGACGAAAGCGACGCCAUCUACCUCGCCUUGAAUGGGCGACUCCGGUCUGUCCUGGAAGGUCCAGAUGGCAAAAUGACAGUGGUAGGCGAGUAUGGCCAAGGGGAGAGUGUGGGCGAGCUGGAGGUGAUGACCGAAUCGACCCGCCCGGCGACUCUUCACGCCAUCCGCGAUACUGAACUUGCCAAGUUUCCCCGGACGCUUUUCAACAGUCUGGCACAAGAGCACCCGGGGAUUACCAUCCAGGUCUCCAAACUGAUUGCUCAGCGGAUGAGGGACCUGGUUGAAAGCCCACUGACUGAGAAGGGAGUUGAACCAAGUGGUUCUGGCACGGUGAAGACUGCACGGUCUACCCUUAAUCUUCGCACCGUUGGCAUUCUCCCCGUGACGGCUGGGGUGCCAGUCGUCGAAUUCGGCAAUCGACUACUACAGGCGCUUCACCAGAUUGGGGUGACCAACGGCGCCACGUUUCUUAACCAAGCUGCCAUCCUAAAUCAUUUAGGUAGACACGCUUUCAGUAAGAUGGGAAAGCUGAAGUUAUCCCAGUAUCUGGCAGACCUGGAGGAGAAGUAUGGCAUGGUUCUCUACAUUGCAGAUACAACCGUGAACUCUCCCUGGACCCAAACGUGCAUUACGCAGGCCGACUGUAUUCUGCUGGUUGGACUGGCCGAAUCGUCGCCUAGCAUCGGUGAGUACGAGAGAUUUCUGCUUGGUAUGAAGACGACAGCUCGGAAAGAAUUGGUCUUGCUUCACGGGGAGCGGUACUGCCCCCCUGGGCUGACUCGCCAAUGGCUGAAGAAUCGCGUCUGGAUUAAUGGAGGACAUCAUCAUAUCCAAAUGGCCUUCCGUCUGACGGCUGAGCCCUCCCACCCUCAAACGAAGCGCUUUGGAACCGUCUUGAAGCAGAGAGUCCAAGUUCUCCAGGCUGAGAUCCAGAAGUACACCUCACGUCGGAUUCGCCAAUCGCCGCUCUAUUCCGCGCAAACCCCCUUUAAGGGCGACUUCCAUCGCUUGGCGCGUCGGUUGUGUGGCCGGUCGGUCGGGCUUGUGCUUGGAGGAGGAGGAGCCAGAGGCAUUGCCCAAGUCGGCGUCAUCAAAGCUCUUGAAGAAGCGGGAAUCCCCAUUGAUAUCAUUGGCGGUACUUCCAUCGGCUCAUUUAUUGGAGCCCUCUAUGCGCGGGACGCAGACGUUGUGCCCAUGUAUGGUCGCGCGAAGAAGUUUGCAGGGCGUAUGGGAAGUAUUUGGCGGUUUGCCCUGGACCUCACAUACCCCACCGUGUCCUAUACGACAGGCCAUGAAUUCAACCGUGGCAUCUUCAAGACCUUUGGAGAUAGUCAGAUCGAGGAUUUCUGGCUGGAGUUCUACUGCAACACCACCAACAUCAGCCGGUCUCGCGCUGAAUAUCAUUCGUCCGGCUACACGUGGCGGUAUGUCCGUGCCUCCAUGUCACUGGCCGGGCUGAUCCCGCCGAUUUGCGACGAAGGCAGCAUGCUUCUCGACGGUGGCUACAUUGACAACCUUACGGUUGAUCAUAUGAAGGGCCUGGGAGCCGAUGUGAUCUUUGCUGUCGACGUGGGCUCUCUCGACGACAACACGCCGCAAGGGUACGGCGACUCCCUUUCCGGGUUCUGGGCGGUGGUGAAUCGGUGGAAUCCGUUCUCCUCGUUGCCGAAUCCCCCCACUCUGUCUGAGAUCCAAGCGCGCCUGGCGUAUGUGUCCUCGAUCGAGAACCUCGAACGGGCCAAGAACACGCCCGGUUGCCUGUACAUGCGCCCGCCUAUUGAUCGGUACGGCACGCUGGAGUUUGGCAAGUUCGAUGAGAUCUACCAAGUGGGGUAUGCCUACGGCAAGGAAUUCCUGGACAAGCUCAAGCGCGAGGGAUCUCUGCCGCUGCCCGAAGAGACGGAGGAGAAGAAGAAGCUUCAGCGGACCCUGGCCCCACGCCGGGCGAGCAUAUGAUGGACACGCCUUCGGACGAAGCUAUGUCACCCGCCGAGCUGCAUUCCGAAUAGUUUUGUUGAUACCCGAGAUGUUCUGGAUGGUUCUUCCUUGUACAUAGACGCGUAGACCGCGAACCCAUUCCAUUCCGCGUUUGCAGAUCGGCU